GAUCCUCUCCUUACUGGAUUCUGUCAUUAGGGGGAAAAUGGGAGGUCAUUAUCAUAUCCUAGGCUGGAGUCUUAAAACAUAUCUUAAAACAUCUAGUCCAACCUACGCAUUUACAAAAGAGAAAACUGAGAUGAGGUCCUGACCAGGAUUGAACGAGUUAACAGUUGUAAAGCACUUUUGUCAACCUUUUAAAAUAAAUAAAUAAGCUAAGUAAAUUCUUGCUCUUAUCACUUCUACCUCCAAAUCCAGUGUUCCUGCCCUACUGUUGUUAGGUUAUGGAGCUGAAAGAGACCUUAGAGAACACUUAGUCCUUUUCCCUAUAUCUUUGGGGAAGGCUAUUUUCAGUCCAAAAAAAAAAAAAAAAAGGUUGAAUUAAAUGAUCAAGAGAUCCUCCUUCCAUCUAUGGACCCAUCUAUGAUGUCAUUACUCUGCUGGUCCUCAGUUUUCCCACCUGAAAAUUAAGGUCCAUCUGCCACCCAUUAACCAUCGAUUAUGGCUAGGAGUCCCUUCUGGCCCAUUCGUUUUAUGUUUCUAAAUUGCCUCCUCUCCCCGGGCCUCAGUUUCCUACUUUAACACGUGAUUACAAACUGCUAAUCCCGGGGGAAAUCUUGAGGAUAGCGUAGUUCUUUUGAAAGGGCAGGACGGCAGAGGUUCUAUGUUUCUGGGCUUCAAGAGUGAGGCAGCAUAGAUGUGUGUGUAUAUAUAUAUAUAUAUAUAUAUUGUGAACCCGAACUUGGAGCUUGGAGCGUGCUGUUCCGCGGCGCGUGGCCGCUGGGAGAGAAGCUCAACCCUGACCUGGCGCGUGUUGACAUUCAAAUGAGGCCCGGCCCCCGGCCCCGGUCUCCCUUCAGUGGUAGUGGGAGUCGGCGAGCAGAAAGCCCGGGAGCCUGCUGCCCCGGAAAGCUGGGGAGGGUUCUCCACUGAGGAAGGAGGGCCCAGUGCGGCCUCCCCAUUUAUCUCCCUCAUGGCCAGCGAGCCCUGGUUCGGGGGACUUCUGCCUACCGGAGUCCGAGACUCCCUCCCAGCAGGAGACUCGGUCCCCGGACCCGCCCCUACCCCGCACGGUGGAGUUGAGUCCCCUUGGCCUGUGGUCCCUAGUCGAGCAGGGGCUCCGGCAGAUGCUGAGCCUGGGGGGCCUGUCCCAGGGCAGCCUCUGGCUUCAACCCCGCUACCUGGCCCGCCCCAAGCCCCCGCCCCCGGCCCUGCACUACUGCCUCUGGAAAGUAUGUUCAGCCCCAUCACGGAGCAGCUCCGCUACUUGCUCAAGAAAGCGGAGGAUUUCCAGAGCUACCUGCUCUACAGCAGGGACCGGGUUCAGAAGGAGCAGUUGGCCAAGGCGAUGCCAACUUUCCUGCAGAUGUGCCAGCCUUACUUCCUGUACCUGGAGUCUGCUGCCAGGGGCAUGCCCCCUAUUCAUGGGGCCCUACAGGAGCUGGUUCGGAAAAGGCUGCUAGAAAUCUCCCAACAGCUGGCCCUUAGGCUGGAGCAGCUGGUGCUUAUGUAUGCCUCCUUCGGGUUUGUGGUACUGGAAGAGACUGAUCCCCUCAGUGUCUCCUGUUUUUUCUGCGGAAAAUUCUCCCUGGGCCCCUCUCAUCAAGUUUCAGUUUUCCGAUACUGCUCUCCAGCCCCUUACACAGCUGGCCGACUUCCCCGAUACCUGUACAAGAAGAUGCGCUGGAAUCUAGAAGCUAGUCCUGAGACCAACAACAGGGGACAUGGGCCUCAUGUAGAAUACUACUUCCUGUGCUAUCGAGAUACUUGGGAGGACACGGGCAAAAGUCCUGCCAACUCUUGUGCCCAGAUUCAAAAGCUCUGGUCCAUUGGGCGCUGGGUGCCCUUGGGCCCAGGCCAAGAUGGUUCCUCCGAUAUCUAUUCCUGGAUCCUGUGCCCUCAGCCCCCGGGGGAAUACCAGCAGCUGCUGACCAUAGGCUUUGAGGAGCCGUCUCACACACUGGCCACCGAUCUGCUAGUACAGAUUCUCACGGGCCAGGCAGGGAGCGCAGGACGAGCCCCAAGUACAGCUACGGGUCCCCCUGGCUGGCCUGGGGCUCCCGGGCCCUGAGCCCUCGGUAGCCCUCGGUUCUGGCUAUGUGGGGAACUGAGGUAGGGGAGGGAGAGGGACGCGGAUCCUUCUCCAGCCCUCGAACCCGCAGGCAGCUUAGGCAGGGGAAGACGAGGACGUGGCGAUUCCCUCUAGACUGCACAGACAGUUCUGGAUUUAAUAAAGAGAAAGAAUUCAGAGGUGCCUCGGUCUCAAUAACGCCGGAGAGAGAAGCUCGUCCUUCCCGUCUAGGAAGCUCGGCAAAACUGGAGAGGGGGAAGGGGUGGAGAUGGGGGCGGGCGAACUACCUAGGGAUCGAAAGGGAGUGGUACAGAUCCCAAGCGGGGAGGGAAGGCUGGGGGGUGGCGCAUGCUCAAACGAACACUGGAAGCCAAACGGAAGCACCCCGACCCAUACACUUCCGGAAGUGGGAGUCUUAGCCACGAAGUUGAUUGAUAGGACCGCGGUCCUUUCCGUAGCCUGUAGACCACGGAACUGGGCUUCUAAAAGGAAUGCAGCGGAGGGGAUCACAUUUUAGCCGUGAACAAUCUCUUUCGGAAAAGGGCUGCCUCCAGAUAAAAUAGAAAGAUUCCUGUAUAGGGAGAAACAGGACCCGGGUUCGAAUUUUUCCUCUGCUACAGAGUUGCUGUGUCACUCUAAUGGGAUAGGGGGUGGGAGAGAGACAGGAGCGUCCCAUUCCUUCCUCCAGGAUCCCAUACCCCACCGGAAAGUAGAGAGAUCGGACUGGUUAAUUUCGGCCUUCGUUUCUUCCUCUGUAAAAAUAACUCUUAACCUGGCUGCCUAAUGUUGCAUUUAAUGACCUCCAAGGUCCCUUCCAGCUCUGGCUAAAAAAGACUACAAUUCCCAUUGUACCGUGCGAGAACCAGGCCUAUCAUGUGUUGUGGUUUGUUUCCCAGCCGCAGAAGUAGGCUGGGGAACGGUUGUCGGAACCUCGGUCUCAGAUUCCCGCCCGGGCACGGAUGGCAAUCGAUCCCUCCCUUUUUGCGGAGGGGUGAACAGGCUCCAUAGCAUCCGCCCUUUCCCUCCAAGGGUCGUGGUUAUAUCUUCCGGUUAAAUCUGCGUGGGCUGAGACCGGAGUUGCUGUCCCCGGAAACCUCGGCUGGCCCCUGGACUUGAAGCAGUCGAGCCGCUCCCGGACGCCUCCCCGUGGCCGCGGUGGAAAUCGCAUCUCAGCGUCUGCUCUAUCCCGGACAAAUCUUGCUCGUAAUUGUGGGGGUCUCCUUCCCCUCCCCCACCCAGGCUUAAAAAGUCAAGGGUCACAGAGCUGGAAGAGAUCUAAACCGAACGAUUCCACCCCGAAACCGGACGUGUAUGUUUUAUCUCUUAAAUGGGCAUCUACCCUCUGCGAAGAGCUCUGUAGCGGUGAAAAGCUCAUUACUUUCCAAGGCAUUCCCUUCACCUUUCCAAUAGUUCUGAUUGUUAGGCAAAAGAUAGGUGAUUUCAUCGGCGUGAGGAACUUUCAUUGUGGGAACCCCUCCGCCGAGGUACAUUUCAACCAGCAUGUGAUUUAUAAAAUGGAGGGGAGAAGGAAACAAACAUUUGUCAGUCCCCUACUAUGCGCGUUUCUAUGCUAAUCUUUUUAUCUCGAAGAUCUGGCGCUGAAAACGAACUACAGAAGGUUUUUAGUCCAAACCCUGCAUUUUACAGGUUUGGAAACUGACAAAGAGAUGAAGGGGACUUGCCCAUGGUCACACAGGCAGUGAGCAUCAGAGAACCCGGACUCUCUGAACCAAUGCUUGUAACAGACGAUUAGUCAAUCCGAAGAGUUGCCUGAGAUGCUCACAAGUUCGGUGACUUGCAUCGGGGCACACAGCCUAAAUCUGCCUCCUCAUUAUGUCUGGCUCUACCCUUUGAUUUUAAAAAACCUAAUCCCUCUUCCCAAGGACAAUCCUUCAAAUAUUUGAAGACACUUAUCACUUCCCCAAGUCUUCCCCUUUCCAGACUAACCAUCUGCAGUUACUUCAGCAGAGUCUGCCAAGUCAUCAGCUUUAUAGAAGCAUUCUUGACCUUCAAAUUUUCAAAGUCCUUCCUCAAACAUGGUACAAAUGGUACUAUUUAAAAUCUUGCAUUUUGUAACAUCUCUUGUGCUGUUGCUCACUUCUGUUACCAUUUAACUUUUUGUCUUGUCUUGAGAGCUAGACAAGACCCUUGAGAGUUCUUAUGGAUCCCCCACAAUAUCUUACAAUAGGCUAAAAACAGCAGAUGUUCAAUGAAUGUAUGUUGCUGACUGAUGGAUGCUCAGUACAGGCUGAAAGGAGGAGGGCAUACAGGAUUGAAAAGGAGAGCAUUCUAAGGAGAAGCAGACAGCAAGAAGAAUGAUAAGCUCUCUACCUUUGUGGAAACCAGUUUAAUAGAAGGGGUUCUUAACCUCCUUUGAGUCAUGAAUCCCUUUGGCAAACUAAUGAAACCUAUAUACACCUUCUUAGAACAGUAUUUUUAAGCAUAUAAAUAAAAUGCAUAGGAUUACAAAGGAAAUUAAUUGACAUAGUUUUCAAACUUUUUUUAUGUUCACAAACUCCAGUUUAAGGAUCCUGAAAGAUGUGCGCAAAUAGGGGAGACUUCCUAGCUAUGUAACAGGGCCAAAUUCAUCUGCAAGAGAAGCUUUCUUUAUUGUAAAAAAUGGAUAAUAAUACAUCUGCUACCUUUGUCUCAGGGUGAUUAUGAAGAUUAAAAGAGACUAGUGAUGUAAAGUAUUUUACAGACCUUACAUCAUUCUACAAAUGUUAGCUGUUAUUAUGAUCAUUUCAAAGUGCCA